GGUUGGGAAUAUUGGUGGGAGAGAGUUUUCUGAAUCAUUGGCACUUGAUGUCCAAAAGUUGCUUAUGUCCAGCAGCUGUACACCAUUUGUAAGAAAGAAGGCUGCUUUGUGUCUUCUACGCCUGUACAGAAAAAAUCCUGACGUUGUGAAUGUGGAUGGCUGGUCAGAUCGUAUGGCACAACUUCUGGAUGAGCGUGAUCUGGGAGUUUUGACAUCUGUUAUGAGCCUUCUUGUUGCUUUAGUGUCAAAUAAUCAUGAUGCAUACUGGAGUUGUCUUCCAAAAUGCGUUAAAAUCUUGGAGAGGCUUGCCAGGAACCACGAUGUCCCACAAGAGUACACUUACUGUGUGAAUCAAGAGAUUCAGAUGAUGAAGGAUAGGGUAAUUGAGGCUGUGUUUGUGUUGUUCACUGAUUCUACUUAUUUCGCUUGCCUCAAUACUCUAUUAGCUAUUGCAUGGACAGGAAGACAGCAACUCUCAUUUAGUUAG